ACCGCCCACUGGACUGGCAUAACAGCAAGGCAAGCUUUAGUUGUAAGCCAUUUUGGAUCAGUGGGAGGUUCCUUGCACAUGAUGGACCACAAGAAGCCCUUGCUUCAACUCUUGGCUCUGCUGCUCUUCUUGUCAUGCCUUCUUCUUCCUUUGGGUGCUGUACCUCUAUCUAGAAGCCUUGCAUUAGGAAACAAAGAACCACAACUUCCAGAGGUGACAGAUCAGGCAAUGGUCAGAGAAGUGAGAAUGAUGGAGGAAGAAAUUGCAAGGAUGGAUAUCGAAAGCAAUGAUUAUCCCGGAUCAGGCGCAAACAACCGCCAUGAUCCCAGGAGUCCUGGAAGAGCCUAAGUCAUAGAAGCGUGCAUUUCUCAUGUGGAAAAGUGGCAAUAGAAGUAAUGGUUUUAGUGGUUCUAGCAAAGUAGCUCUUGAGUUAUGAUUAUAUGUAGCAUGCUCCAUUAAUCCUUGUGUUAAUGUAUCAACCUUUUAUAAGAGUAGAAAACUGAUUCAAACCUUUACUAGCUUUUAUUUUUGAUUGAA